AAAGACUGUCGGUUCGGCAGAGCUGUGUUUAAAACAAAGACAUCGAGAGAGUCAAUGGUAUAGUAUAGUGUCGUUGAAAGAAUAAACGCAGAGGGAAAGAGCCAUGGCGAAGUUAAAGUCAGUACUUGUAGUGGUUUUGGUUAUGGUGCUGACCUUGGCAUGGAUACCCGUCUCCGAGUCUCUUAAGAAACCAGUGGCUUUGGCAAGAAAAGAAGACCAAAAUAGAUCAGUCGGAGAACCAGAGACUAGGUGCAUCGAGCCGGAAAGACAAGCACUCCUCAAGUUCAAACAACAUCUUCAUCAAAUCAAGGUUGGCUUUCUUUCCUCAUGGGAGAAUGAAAACACAGACUGCUGUGACUGGUACGGUGUUCAGUGUUCCAAUGAAUCAGGUCAUGUCACUGUUCUUGAUCUUUCUCCUUCAACAAAUAGUUUUCUUCCUGGGACUUGUUACAACAAAGGCGAUGAUAGGUUUCUACGAGGCAACAUCACAAGUUGGCUGCUUGAAUUGAAAUUUCUGACUUAUUUGGACCUCAGUAUUGUUGACUUUACGGGGAACCAACUCCCAAGUUUCAUUGGUGCUCUUACUCAAUUAAGGUACCUCAAUCUCUCUUACACAGAAAUGAGUGGAGAAAUUCCUCCUCAGUUUGCAAAUCUCUCUAGCUUGCAGGUUCUUGAUCUUGGCUAUAAUUAUGGUCUCACCAUGACAAACAUGGAGUGGGUUUCUCAUCUUUCUUCUUUGACAAUACUUGACCUUACUCGGACAAACAUGAGCAAAGCUACUGACUGGGUUCAAACAGUUACCAAACUUCCAUACCUUACAAACUUGGUGUUGAGUAUGUGUGAGCUUCCUAAUAUUACUAUCCCUUCUUCUAUUUCUCUUGUCAACACUUCAAAAUCACUUGCCAUCCUUGAUCUUUCCCAUAACGAGCUCACUAAUUCAGUGUACCAAUUGAUAUUCAAGUUCAGUCGUAGCCUUGUUCAUCUUAACCUCUGGGAUAAUCAAGUAACAGGUUCCAUACCAGAAGCUUUUCUAAACACGAGUGCCAUUGAAUACCUUGAGCUUGGAGUUAAUGAGUUAGAAGGUUUCAUACCAGAAGCUCUAGGGAACAUGAGUACCCUGACAUACCUGGGUCUCAGUUUGAAUAAGUUUAGUGGUUCCAUUCCUGAAGCCUUAGGGAACUUGACUAAUCUCACAUACAUUGAUAUUGGCAGUAAUAACUUAGAAGGCGAAUUUCCAAAGUCCCUUUGGAAUUUAUGUAAGUUGCGUACAUCAAGUGCACGGAAAACAAUCUUCGUAGAGUAAUGAUUCCGGAGCAGAACCGAUUAUUGUCUAGGUGCACACAAUAUCCCCCUCUAGAGUACUUGGAUUUCGGUAUAAACCGAAUCAUAGAGCCAUUGCCUAAUCUUACUCUAUUUUCAUCGUUGAAAGUAGUAAGACUUUAUGUUAAUCAAUUCAAUGGAGCUGUACCUGAAGCUUUUGGACGAUUAACACAUUUGGAGGAAUUGGAUCUUUCUUCGAACUCUCUAAAAGGUGUAAUUUCAGAAGCCCAUCUUUCGAAACUCUCCAAGCUAUCCCGGUUGGGUUUGUCUGGUAACUCACUGAUUUGGAACAUCACUUAUGAUUGGAUUUCUCCUUUUAAGUUGAAUCGUAUAGGACUUCAUUCUUGCAAGUUGGGUCCUCGGUUCCCAAAAUGGCUUCAAACUCAAAAAGAUUAUUCCUAUCUGAGCAUUUCCAAUGCAGGGAUAUCAGAUUCUAUUCCGAAUUGGCUUUGGGAUAUCUCUAGUAGUUGUUAUUCCAUGGAUCUUUCUGCCAACCAAAUCCAUGGAACAAUAACAGAUUCCUCAUUUAAAUUCAUGGGUUAUCCCUAUGUAAAUCUUAGUUCAAAUGAGUUAGAAGGUUCAAUACCCCAUUUCAUGUUCAAAGUGGGUGCACUAGAUCUCUCCAUGAACAGAUUCUCAAAACUGGAUUCCCUAUGCAAUGUCUCUAUUGAUACAGAGUUGACGUUUCUUGAUAUUUCAUUGAAUCAGUAGUCUGGCGAUCUCCCUGAUUGUUGGUUUCAUUUCAAAGAAUUAAGUGUUCUCGUAUUGGCCAACAAUAAGUUAUCAGGAAAAAUACCAAUUUCCAUCGGUUCCUUAACUCAGAUUACAACAAUGAAUUUAGGAAGCAAUAGUUUAAGCCAAGAAUUACCCUCAUCCUUGAAGAGGUGCACAAACUUGGGAGCAUUGAAUGUGGGAGAAAAUGGAUUAUUUGGACCGAUGCCAACAUGGAUAGGAGAAAGUCUACCAAAUCUUGUCAUUCUUAGUCUAAGGUCCAACCACUUCUUUGGUAGCAUUCCCUCAAAUCUAUGCCAUUUGUCACAUCUUAGUGUAUUGGACUUGUCCUUAACAACAUCUCCGGAAGUAUUCCAAGAUGUAUCAAUAAUUUGACUGCAAUGAAGGCAAGGAAUGAGAGUUUUCUCACAACCAUUUACCAUGUUUAUUCGUAUGGUACUUCUGGAGGAUCUUUUUACACAUCUUAUGAUGAUCAAGUACAGCUAGUAUGGAAAGGAACACUGUUUGCGUUUCGUAAUACAUUGGGACUGGUAUGGAGUAUUGAUCUAUCAAGCAAUAAGCUCACAGGUGAAAUACCAACAGAAAUCACUGAACUUGUUGAGCUCGUUGUUUUGAACUUAUCAAGAAAUAUCUUAAGAGGAGAAAUACCCUCAAAGAUUGGAAGGUUGGAAUUGUUGGAUGGUCUAGAUCUAUCAAAUAAUAGACUUUCAGGUCAAGUUCCCUCAAGCCUUUCUCAAGUGGAUCGUCUAAGCAGAUUGGAUUUGCCAAACAACAACUUGUCAGGAAAAAUUACAAUCAGUACUCAACUCUAGAGCUUUGAAGUCAGUUCAUAUUCAGGGAAUCCUCAACUCUGUGGGGCUCCUCUUCCAAAGUGGUGUCCUGGUGAUGAACCAACAAUUAAUUCUAGAACUCAUACAGUUCAGAAUGAAGAGGAUCAGGACAAGUUGGUAACCCCUGGCUUUUAUGUUAGUUUGGGACUUGGGUUUCUGGUAGGACUUUGGGGAUUUUGUGGCACAUUAUUCUUCAACAAGACUUGGAGAAAUUCAGCAUUUUGAAAAUCUAAAUCUGUUUUAGUUUAUUAGGUUCAAGGAGAUUUUGCACAAGGAAUAAAACGGGCUUUUUGAAACAUAAAAGACGUGUUGAACCUAAUUUGUAUAUGUAGCACCUAAAGUUUAUACAAUCUCUUCUAAAUAUGGCAAAACUUUUAACUGCAUAUUGUAUAAGAUUUUUUUUCUUUUUGUCCUAAAGUAUAGCAUCACUGCAAAAAUUUGGCAGUGUACUGGAGAUACUCUUAGCUUCAUAAAAUAUGAUUUGAAUUUUACAAGUUAA